CCGAAUAUCUCUUAUGGCAGCUUGGUUCAUACCUCGAUUGACAUAUCAGCAUGCUCCUUCCACGAGGGCUGACCAAAAAGAAGAGAGACGUCGUGUUAGCGAAAAAACGAAGGAUAGAGGACAAAGAACGACCGUUCCGGCAAGCAGCAGACUCCCAGCUUGUGGACGACACAACUUCGACGCAAGCGGGUUCUCGGCUGGAACAAGUAGUCUGGUCGAGUGCAGUCUACAUUUCGCUGUUCGAAACCGAAUUCUCCUCCGAAACAUUGCGGCUGAUACGGCGGCCUAUCACUGACUUCGUGAAAUGCCAAAGCAUCGCGCUGAAAGCCAGAUUGACGGAUAUGCCGCCAGUCAAUCUGGUGGCUGCAAUAAGAGCUGUAGGCGGGGAGCAUGUUCAGGUCAGGCUGGCUCUCGAUGCAAUGGAACAAGAGGAAGCAGCAGGCAGCGCUUUCGAGUUUCGACUCUUGGCCACAAACGGGGUUGACAUCGUCGAGGAGACCAGCCAUGUCGCUUAUCUAGAAUCCGUGCCCGCUCCGUAUCAGUCGAUAAGCGGGAUAGUCGACCUAGUGCACCGGAACUGCGACAUAGGCGCUGCAGCUGCAUCUCGGCUACAAGGGAUCACCCCUAUUGGUCUUACUGCAAAGAAUGAACCGUCUUACGAACAAGUCCUGGUCACUUUCUCGAAUAACCUGGAUCGAGAAGAAUUCCUGGAGCGAAUACCCUGGCAUGACCAAGCAUCUUCUGACCGGUCACCGGCUUUCUGCGCUUGCUUAAGAGCCUGUUCUUUAGAACGAUUCGCUUCAUUAAGAGAGGAAUAUCUGACAUAUCAAAACACGCUGAACCUGCAAAUAACCACGAAAUCGUCAACCACAACGCAUCAGCAGCCUACCUUCGAGCCACCGCAGACAGCGCCGUCGAGGCUACAAGCAGCCCCUCCACCUCCGACCCUGCCCUUUCGUUCGUAUAAUCUUGCGUAUCCUCCAGGCCGACUCCUGUUCUUGCGGAACGUAUCGACUACGACGAACAAGACGGCGAUUAGGGCAGACAUGACGGCUUUUCUCGCCGAGCGCAGCAGCGUCGAUUAUGUGGAUUGGUCAAAAGGGCAUGAUACGGCACAUAUCCGCUUGGGCAAGGCAAUCGACGAACAAGCGUUGGCCGGUAUGCUGGAGCCAGGUCGACUCGAGGGCGACAGCAAAGUCGAGUUGCUUGCGGGGGAGCGGGAGAGCCUUUACUGGAGCCGCUUGCCGGAAAAGAUCCGAGCGGCUGCUAUGAACAGCUGACGACAAUUUACGAACUUUCGUGACGUUUCGAUUGUGCCAUACCCUAGAGAUCUAUAGACCAGUACUCACUGUGGUGGUGCACCCAGCCAAGGAUAUACAGUGCCGACCUCAUCAUCUGUUCGACAUCGAGCUUGUCGGAGUCGAAAAUGAUGAAUGCCUUCGGCCAAGUG